UGAGUUCAUGUAAAUAUCAAAACAUAUAAAAUGUAAAUUUCAGACAAGAGCAUAAACUGUUUAAUCCGAAUUAAACAUUUAAAAACUUAGUUAUAAGCUACGGAUCUAAGAUGGUGACUAAAUUUUGUCUUGCAGUCAUUUGUUUUGCUGGAAUCACAGUUGCCAUACCAACUUUAAAAGCAGCUGAAGUGCCGUGUCUUUGCACGAAACAAUUAGUACCUGUGUGUGGCGUUGAUGGUAACACGUAUAAUAAUCACUGUCUGUUAGAUUGUGCUGGGGUAGACUUGUUCCAAGAAGGUGCAUGUACUGGUGCACUCCAGGAGGACACAGUAAGCGAGCAGAUUGAGCCUAAAGAUGAGGACAUCCCAUGUAUUUGUACUUUCAUCUAUCUACCAGUGUGUGGUGUUGAUGGUAUCACCUACGGCAACGACUGCAAUAGAAAAUGCGCAAACGUUGAGCUAGCACACACCGGGGAAUGUGAUGUACUGACAACAAAGGCACCUGGCACAAAAUAAGAAGCACUCCAAAUAUUAAAAUUCUACAAAAUUGUGAUACGACAUAUUAUCUCUGUUCAUCUAUACAAUGUUAAAUUGUGAUUUAGAGACAUACCCGCUGUUAUCCUAUACGAUCUUUGUUUGAAUAUCAUGACAAAUGUUAUCAUGGUCAAAUCAUUAUCUUAUAAUCUCUGAACUAACUAAUGAAUAAAAAUAAACAAUUAGAAAACAUGUUUUAUUUACUACAUUUUCUUUGAACAUUAUAUGUACAUGACAUGCUUUUUAAACCAGAAAUAAAGUCUGAUACAAAUGUACAAA